GUAUACACAGGGGACGUAACCCCUCUGGCGGUUGAUGGUAUCUCUAAACGACAGUCGAAACGGCCAAACAGAUUCACCUUCUCUGGGCCCCGUAAAGAUAAACGGAGGAAACGAGAUAAAGAAAAGGAGCAAGAUAUAGGUGAUGAUGUGCCGCAUGCAAUAGUGGGCCCGUUCAGUUUAGAUCCUUCUGAAAUGCCAAGUGCAGCCAUGCUUGAAAAAACAGCAGAACUCAUGCAUGAAGGACUACUUAAAAACCACCAAAAAAGCAAGGACAAGAAAUACAAGGUAGGAUAUGAUGACCUUAAGAUCAAACGCGUGAAAGGAGGAUACGGGGGUGGAACCAUUGAUAGGAAGUCAUGGUACUACGCGAUUUACUUUCCAGGGAAUUGGUUAGGUGACACGCAUGUGGAGUUAGGGAUGUAUUUCUUGAGGAUGAAAGCUGAACAAUACAAGCUGCGGCAGAAAUUUACGACAGCAGACCCUAUGUUUAUGCCUUUGGUCAAACAGCAUUACGAGAACCACAUUAGCAAUCAAAUGCCAGUGUCAGAAAGUGCUUUAAAUAAGAAUAUAAUGUGUACCAUACUUGGGACGCGUUUGGACUACGCACUGCCAUGGGCUGAAGCAGAGCACGUGUACAUGCCAUUGAAUACAGGUAACCACUGGAUUCUGUUAGUGCUGGAUAUAGGUAAGAAGUGCAUACGUGUGUAUGAUUCUAUCGUUCGUCGGGAACAAACAAACAUACACCUUCACCAUUACCUCCCGAGCAUGCAAAUGUAUUUACCUAGACUGAUGGAUAAGCUAGGAGUGUACAAUGAGAGAACUGAGGGGCCUAUCAGGGAUGACUUCUUGCAGAUACAUAUGGUGAAAGAAUGCCCACAACAAAAUGAUAGUGACAGUUGUGGGAUGUUUGUGUUGAAGAUGGCUGAGUAUCUAAUGAUGGGCAAAGAUGUGGAGUACGUGAGGCCUGAAGAUAUUAAUGCUUACCGCAGCAAGAUGACGACAGAGCUACUCACUUACUUUGGUGUAAUAGGAGCUUGAAAUAUUAUCUCUCCUAUGACUAAAACAUAUCUCAUUUCUCAAUAUAUGACUCUAUGAGUUUAUUUCCCACUAUAAUACGUGCAUGAUUAAUUACUUUUUCUUUAUGUUUUUAAUUCCACGGUUGCCCUCCUAACAUGAUUAA